UUAAAUCAUUUUUUAAAUUUGCUCUAAAUGGUACACGAACGACUGAUAGGUACUGACUCGAAGAAAAUGGAUUUUCAAUCUUGGAAAAUUCCGCUAAUGCCGUCAGACUUGGCUCUUGGGUUCAGUACGAAGGAUGAAGUAUGAAGGAAAAGUCCUACGAUAACCUACCUCGAUAUUACUUAAGGAAAAUUUCUUUGGACUGCUUCUUGACGCUUCCACUCUUACAGUAAAUAAAAUUACAGUAGAAACUUGAAUUUUGUCGCGUUCUGACUAGAUAGGGAGCAGAUGCGAAAUUAUAGGAUCCUCCGUAAGAAUUCCAGGAGCGAAUAUUUUACCGUAGCGACCUCCGCAACGAAACAUUCGGUACACAGAAGUGUCCAGAGGUGCACGGGGCACGGAAUUAACGUCGUUACGUUUUACUACCGCCUCGUCUGCAGAAACUGAUUCGUUGUAAGGAGAAAAACGAGCGGGGACAGCACGUAACACGGCGAAACACCGUCGCACGGCGUUUCACGAUCGCCAGGGAGGGAGGAAAUCGUUUCUACAGGAAAUAGGGGCGCAAACCGUGGCCGGAGGACGGGGGUCUGGCGCAGGAGGGAGGCAAAUAGAGCUUUUCGAAGACCUUUGUCAGCGUUUAGUACUCAGACGACCGUAAGAAUUUUGCGCUCCCGUCGCGCGUUGCGCCCCGCACGGUUUAAUGACUAUGCACAUGUUUUUCACGUAAAUUGCCUGCGCCCUGAACGUUCGUCGACGUCAACUCGUCUGGAGCGUUGCUCGCGCACUCCAAAAUAGUUGCAUGCAAGAUUAUUGGAGCUACGAGCGACUCGUGGGAAAACGCGUGUUGUCUGUAAGAAACUGCGCAGCAUCGUCAGACACGAACUCAACGAAACUCGCAGUCGAAGAGGAAGAUGACGAAUCGUUAGAGAAGACAAGGCUAGACGAGUUCAAGGAGAGAUACAGGAGACUGAUACCCUAUCUAACGUUCUACGUCGUCAACAACAUAGAUGGCGAACAAGUUCCGACACAGCAGGGCACCGCGAAGGACUCUCAGAGCAGUCCUUCGGCGAAGCAGAAUCUACAAUUGUCUGCCAGGUUCCUCAACGUGCCCAGGAAAGGUACGCACCGAACGAACGUGCAAAGCCAGGAAAGAAAAUUCGUCCCUUCCGUGCAGUACGAUCCCCACAGUCUAGGGAGCGACAACGACUACUUUAUGCCCGUUAGGUACAAUUCAAAAGUUAGCUACGAUGAUUACCUCUCGCCGUCGUACCAAACCUACCAAGAUCGCAAGACGAUGUAUCCCGACGUACCGACGCCAACCAGUCAGGUCGCACCCAAGGAGAACAGGUACUACGCAAACGUGAGACCAUUACGACCUUACACGACACACGGCAGGAAUCACUUGCCUAGGAAACAAUUGACCAACAAGCCAAGCCUCGUUCGAGGCGAUUACGUAUUGGAUUAUAACGCUAGACCAACCAGCAAUACCAAUUAUCCAAUCAAAGACUACCAAGGUCAUAGACACAUCCCACCUUCAGGACAUUCUAGCCUACCAGCGCUAGAAUCUAUCACUGGGAAGCCACCGCCCAUGGUCCCUCAACUGCGGAAUCCAAACGUGAACCUCGAUCAGAUAAUCGAGAGCCUUCACCUGAGCGAACGCUUGCCAGAGAUGCUGAACAAGGACAACAUCGACGUCAGCUUGAAGACGCUCGUGGAGAUACUCAACAUCCUCCAUAACACGAAGAACGAAUUGCUAGAGAUGCGACCACCGCCGCUGCCACCAUUGGUAUCUCCUCCGCCGAGACAGAAGGUAACAAACUUCAAGGCACGACCCCAAACACGACCGAAGGUGAUAACGGAAUCGCGAUUCCAAGCGACUCCCAACCCCCUUUACCUAACCGAGGACCCUGAACGGUACAAAGCAACGUCGUACGAGGAUGAUAUAAAACCUAAGGUGCUGGCUACACCGAGCUACGUCUCAGAUGGUCUGAAUAACAAUAAAGUGGUAGAGUACUAUCUCCCCGUGGUGCAGGAUGUCUCAGAGAAGGGGAAAGAUGUAUUUCUGCCGACAAUGAGAACGCAAGUGGACGAGAGUUCCACAGGGCACUCUUACGAGAUCGUGGAAGAUCUGAGCGACGACGUACUGCAACAGGAGCACUAUACUUUGUCGCCUCCUACCACGGAGAGUUCAAUCCCCAGCUACACGGAGCCAACAAAAAUCCCGCAGCAAACUAACACCGAGACUAAACAUGGCGCUACUCGAGGAGAGGCUCACGUUGAUUAUCCAGCCUACUCCAAUAUACCUUUUACGAACUUCAGCUGCAAGGAUCAACGCUACAAGGGAUUCUUCGGUGACCCGGACACUGGGUGCCAGGUAUGGCACUACUGCGACCUCAACGGUGGCAAGUCGUCGUUCUUAUGCCCAAACGGUACCAUAUUUAGUCAAGUGGCCCUAACGUGCGAUUGGUGGUUCAACGUCAAGUGCGAAACGACGACGCAAUUAUACGUAUUGAACGAACGACUUUACAAGUACAUUCUGCCAGUAAUGCCAAAGUUCCCCGAGGAUUUUACCGGGCCGGAAGUGGAUCGGUAUUUGGAGAUCAAGUUCAAGGAGAUGGAGAAGAAAUUGAAGGAGAAGCUGAAGAAAGAGGAACAAGAGAUGCUCAAAGAAAAAGCAGAAACGCGGAAGGAAGACGAAUAAUCGAUGUAUAGCUUGUAGUUAAAUUAUUCUAAUUUGGCCAAUUUAAGCCUAGCUCAUGUCAUACAUGCCUUGUUGCCAUUAUUUGUUAUAUAUUGCAACAAAUAAUUAUAGGUUGCGUUCGUCGAAUGAAUUUUUGUGAAAGUUAAAAAUGUGCAAUACUUAUAUCGUAGGUUCGUGUGAUUUAUAUUUAGCGUAC